AUGAAGAUUAUAGAAGAAAUAAAAAAUCAAGUGGAGUAGGAAAUGAAAAAAAUGAUUGGGAAAUGCAUUGAAAAGAGAUACGCCAAACUGACAGAUAAACUGAAAUAGGAGUUCAUUAUAAAGGUAGUGAGAAAUGGGUAAACUAUUCGAUAAGCAUCAAAAGACUUGUGUAUAAACUAUUCUUCAGCGAAGGCAAUCAUGUCAAAUUACAGAAAAUCCUUUUGCAGUGGAAAAUAGAAUAUUAAUUUGGUACCAAGAUAGGUUAAAGUGAAUGACAAAUAUGACUGGAAGAAAUUCAAAAUUCAGACAUACUGCGAGGAAGCACAAACUAAUGAAUAUACUAUGGAAACCUUUGCAAAACACAUAAAACAAUCAAAUUAAGAUAAAGUGUUAAUUGACCUUUGA